GCUCUCUUAUAUCGCAGGAUAAUGUAUAUCGGUCACUAAGAAAUACGACAUGGUGUUACUAUGGCUCAACAUGGCAGUGCUCCUAUUUCCAGUAGUCUGUAUAUGACUAAACGUGCUAAACUUUCCGAUGCAUUAUCCAAGUUUACCAAUUGCGGCACUGUAGCCAUUGGUUCUGGUGACCAAGGGGAUGGGUUCCUUGGUUCCAGCUACCCUUCUCAAGAGCCAAUACCGCAAUACAGUUCAGAGGACCGAGAUGCCCGUAAAGCUUUGGUGGAGGUCGCUUUAAGGCGUAUGCGCAUAUCACCUUUAGAGGGCGAUGACGAUGAAUCAAGCUCAAUUCCUUAUAACCCUGUAGAGGAGGGUAUUAAGUACUUCUCCCGACAAAAUGAGCUGCGGAAUAUUAAGAACCACUUGGAUAUUGACGCUGCAGUAUCAGCUCCGCAUGUGAGGCAUCCUCCAUUGCUUGGUAAUUUAGAUGACAUGUUCAGUUUGAUUGACAUGGACAACAGAUCCUAUGCUACGUCUGUUAUGUCGAGACGUAUACCUAUAGGCCCUAAUGGCACGGAAGGUUACGUGGGUCCGUUGACUUAUAAUGAUAUUGCCGUUUUGCUUAUCCUUGCGCAGAAGCUGCAGGACACGAAUGCCUUUGACAACAAUUUGGAGAUGAACAUUGAGAUGUCUUCUAGCAUGUGGAAGCAAACUGGCAAGGUAUCGAAUGUGGUAGCUCCUCAGGUUAUAAUGAGUCUCUUUGAGGGCAGAAGUGCGCAGUGUACUAUGUGUGGUUUACGAUUCAGUUCAAAUGAAGUUCGUCAUCGUCAUGCACUAUUGCAUGACGACAAGCGCCGUGAUGUGCUGUGGUCAGCUGUUGACGAGUGGGUGGCCAACCCGGAUUCAACAAACUUUAUGCGCGGUGGUCAACGUGAACUGUUUACAUUACAACGUAUGCAUGCGCUAUUACUUUCUGUUGAAGAUUCACAAUCGGUUAAUAUCCAGUGGCUUAGGGGGUUACUGUUACCAAGGAAAGCUUUGGUAUCUACGAAAUCGGAUGCCCCAAUGGAUACGGACAGUGGCGAUAUAGACGAAAGCCCCGAUGAAAUGGACACUGGCCAUGUUAAAAUAGACGGCAACCAUUGUUUGUGGUCCUGGGGGACCAUGACUGACUGCUCGGAAUUCCCACCUCCAAUGGCGCAGCAGGUUGCCAUUGGGGCCAUCGGAGUUGCUUGCUCUAUGUCGUUCCUCAUUGAAACAUCGCAUAAGGCGUGUUUCAACAUAUCGCGAUUCAUGGAUGAGACGCCUUUCGUGGCUCACUUUAGUGAUAUCACAAGGAUGACUUGUGCUUUAUGUUACGAUCCCCUGGAUGUCGUGUUCAGCGUGAGGUAUAACAGCCUGGUCUACUCUGAUACCGUUUGCUUCAAGAUUGACAAACGUUACAUGGACAAGGGAUUUCAGGAUGAGCAGGUAAACUGCCGCAUGUUGUUGGCUACUAAAGGUCUUGGUAGUUCCAAUGAUUUGUUUAUGGUCAUGAGGAAGCUUGCUGGUAUAACAUUGCUGAAAUCUGAUUUACGCUCACCUUUGGAUACCGCUUGUACUGAUUGGUCCUUGAAUCAUGAUGUCUCUAUACUAGAGGACAAGGGUAUCAUUCCGUAUAGUAGGACUGUGGUCCCUCCCAAGGACAGGUUGAUUGAACAGCUGUUCAACAACUGGUUGGGUCCUUUUUCAACUCCGGGUAGCAACUUCAAUGCUCCCAAUAGCCUCAUGUACACCCAUAGGGCUUGUAUGCGUUUUAUUAUAAAUGCUCAUGUCCGGCGGGCAAAUGAGCUUUUGGUUGGCAAUCCUGCUUCUAAAUACAUAAGACCCUUGAAGGUCGUUUGAUGGACUUGGUUAAUAUAAACACAAUAUCUUGCUUUUGCAGGCACUAUAUUCACUUAAGUAGUAUGCCAUGACCCAGAAAU